AUGGCUUCCAUUCUCCGCAAACUCUUCCGACGGAAGAAGCAGCCCCCGCUGGUCUGUGCCGUCAACCUGGAUGCCGACGGGAACCCUGUGGGCGAGCAUCCGGACCAUGUGCAUACGGAUGCAUGCUUCAUCAACUUCGAGCCUCUCGCCGUUGCGGAGCUCUUCCAGUCGCAGUCGUGCCAGUCGUGCCCUCCAGCCCUGCCCGGCAUCCACGCCGCCACCGCAGACCCCAACGUGCUUAUCCUGACGUAUCCCGUGACCCUCUUUGACCACACGGGCUGGAAGGACACCUUCUCGAGCCUCGCCAACGACGCCCGGCAGCGUGCCUAUGCCAAACGGUGGGCUCGCACGAGCUUGUUCACGCCCCAGAUUGUCGUCAACGGCGUGGCGGAUGGCAGCGGUCGAACCAAGGAGGAGAUUCAGCAGAUCAUCCAGCAGGGCAGAGACAUUGCCAAGGCCCGCGACUGGCACAUCUACCUGGACGCCAACGAUACCGAGGUCCGCGUCGACACGGACAAGCAGGAGGCGCCUCCCCACGAGAUUUCGCUCAUUGUCUACGCCAAUACUGACCAGACGGUCAAGGUCGGCAAGGGCGUCAACAAGGGCAAGAAGAUUAACCACCGCAACGUCGUCACGUCUGUGACCAAGAUUGGGGAUUGGUAUGGUGGUAAUGCGAUUUGGAGUCUUCCCACGCCGAGAAGUGCCUUGGCUCCCGAUCAGGGCGCCGCGGUCAUCAUCACGGAGGGAGGCGUUGGAGGGCCCAUCAUUGCAGCGGCCAAGAUCUAA